UUUCAUUAAUCAACAAAAAAAACAUUUAAAGUUGACUUAACCAUAAGUAAGAUAGAACUUCAUCUAUCUUGAAUCUCCUAGCUGUUCUGGUAUAAAUUUUUCCCCGCAAGAAAAAAGGGAAGAAGAUUACAACGUCGUCCGCCGAGAUGGCCUCUCACUCUCAGAUUUUGGUGGAAGAAAAAUCAAGUGUUAGAAUCUUGACAUUAAACAGACCCAGGCAGCUGAAUGCUCUGUCCUCUAACAUGAUCUCCCGUUUGCUGCAACUAUUCCGUGCAUAUGAGGAGGAUCCUAGUGUGACACUUGUCAUCCUAAAGGGUCAGGGAAGAGCCUUUUGUGCUGGUGGCGACAUUCCACCUCUUCUUAGUUACGUCAUACAAGGCAAAUGGAGACUUGGUGCCCCUUUUUUCGCAGACCAAUACACGCUCAACUAUGUUCUGGCCACGUAUAGCAAAGCUCAGGUUUCGAUUUUGAAUGGUAUUGUCAUGGGAGCUGGAGCUGGUGUCUCCAUCCAUGGUCGAUUUCGGAUUGCAACUGAGAACACGGUUUUUGCCAUGCCUGAGACAGCUCUUGGGCUCUUACCAGAUGUAGGAGCCUCCUAUUUCUUGUCCAGGCUCCCUGGCUUUUUUGGAGAGUAUGUUGGCCUCACAGGAGCUAGGUUAGAUGGAGCCGAAAUGCUUGCUUGUGGCCUUGCAACUCAUUUUGUGCCCUCAACGAGGUUAACUUCACUAGAAGAAGAUCUUUGUACAGUUGGUUCAAGUGAUCCAAGCUUUGCCUCAACAAUUCUUGAUGCAUACACUGAGCGUCCGCACGUCAAACAGAACAGUGCUUACCACAGGUUAGAUGUCAUUGAUAGGUGCUUCUCGAGAAGAACAGUGGAGGAUAUCAUAUCUGCACUUGAGAGAGAAUUUACUCAGAGACCAGAUGACUGGAUCUCCUCUACCACUCAAGCAUUGAAGAAGGCUUCACCAUCAAGCCUUAAAAUAUCUCUUAGAUCGAUAAGAGAAGGAAGACUACAGGGGGUGGGGCACUGCCUUAUUCGUGAGUAUAGAAUGGUGUGUCAUGUGAUGAAGGGAGAUUUAAGCAAAGACAUAGUGGAGGGGUGUAGAGCCAUACUGGUGGACAAAGAUAAGAACCCAAAGUGGGAGCCAAGGCGACUGGAGGACAUCAAUGAUAGAAUGGUAGAUCAAUACUUUGAGAGAUUGGAGGGAUUGGAGGAUCUAAAGUUUCCGCCAAGGAACAACUUGCGUGCUUCAUCAAUCGCAGCAAAGCUGUGAAGAAGAAAUGGUGUGUGAUGAGACAUUAACCAUUGACCAAACCAAGCGAAAAGACCAAAACCUGAAAUAUCAAGAUUAAGUGUUUGAACUCCUUUUGUUUUUUUAUGUUGUAGCAAAACGUGCGUUAUUUCCUCCUUUCUUUCUAGGAGCACAAUAUCUCAUGAUUCAAUUAAGUCUUCCUAGUUAUAAGGUGUUCGCUCGCAUUGGCCAGUAAUAAGCCUCCAUUAAAUUUUCUUGUUUCGUAUAUUGUAUUUUGAUUGUUAUUGUUCGAAACCUAUGAGCUAGUCUUCCCGAAGUAUUUGUAUACGU